ACCCCAUCUCUAUUAUCAAAUACCAGUGUUUUUUGCAUUGUUUAUUAAUUGUUCGAAUUGGAUAUCUGCACUGCCCCGAUAAUGGAUAUAAGUGCAGAUGUGGAUCAGAUCAUAGCCAAGGCCCCGAACUGGAACAUCGAGGGUGACUGCGCUCUCUUGGCGUUGAUGAAGCGCAUUUCCCAGAAUUUGCAUGAGAGGGUGGAUAAGACUUCUAGCCGGUUUGAAGAGUUUGAGGUCAGCGUUAAACGUGCCGAUAUAGCCCUCAGCAAUGCCAACAACAGCCUGCGCUCCCUCCAGUUUGGCCAACAAUUUGUGGAGUAUAGGGUGGAAGAAAUUAAGGACGAAGAUUUGGCCAUGCCCCAGGAUAAAAAAGAACCGGAGACCCCUCCCAUGAGCUCUGAGGAAAUGGCUAAACAAUUUUUAGAGAACAACUUGCGAAUGUUCCGCAAAAACUACGAAGCGGUGACCAUCGAAGUGCCAGAUUCCGAUGAUGAGGAUGCGCCAGUGACCACUACCACCGUGUUCCGAGCCAAAAAUCCAUAUGACGCCAUUCCUCUGCCUUAUAUUAUUGGAUCUAAAGAGUGGAAUGAACACAAGUACGCCGGGUUGUAUGACAGUAAAGAAAAUAGUGAAGAUGAGAAGUCUGAGGAGUUCUCCUCAAGCUCAUCUGAUGAGAGGGAACCAGUGCCUUCAACAUCUAAAAAGGCCGCGAACAAACCUGUUGAGCCUCACAUGUCAGACUCCUCUUCUUUAGCCUCGUUGCCUAAGGAACCGAAAAUUAUAUCCCCUACGAAGGCACCUAAUCCUCUUCCUACAUUUCCCACACCAACGCCACCGGCUGGUCCGGUCAAGGAGCCUGCUCCAAAGUCUUCACAGCCACGUCCAAUUAUAAGCAGUCAAAGGAACCCGCAUGAGCAUGACAUGUUUGCGGCGCUCCGGCAAUCACCGCCAAGCGAUGAUCCGCCGUCGACUUCCUCAUCCCCAGCAUCUUCACCAGCCUUUGGAAAUGUUCCUGGAAGGUUGCCAAAAGUAUCGACAGCUUCUAUUAGUUCCAGUAGCAACAGCCCGGCACAUCAACCGCCUCCAACACUUUUUGAUGAAGCUAUUGCCCCCCAGACCUCUAGGGAAGCUCAGCUCCCAGAAGCUUCUAAGCCAGCUGAAGUCAAACCAAGCCAAGUUAAGCGCAAGCCUGUCAAUAUUUUCAGCGAUGAUGAAUUUAAUUCAUUUAUGUCGGAAAUCACGCAGAAGGUGCAAGCUAAGGCAGGCAGCAGUUUAAAUACAACUCCAGCAUCUGACACUGUGAGUCCUACCCAGAGUUUGCGGAAGACCACACAGCCUGUAGAGCAAAAAGUUCCAAAGGAAAGUCAGACAAAAAUAAAUCCAACUGUUCCAACACCGUCAGUACCGAAGCGGGUCAAUUUAUUUGAUGAUAGCCCUCCGUUGAGUCCAACUCCAGCCACAAGCUCGACAUCGAGUGAGAUCCCUCCCAAAGGCCCUCAACAGAAUCCACCAAAACCCCUUUCUUUUGAUGCUCCUUCCUCAAGUACCAGGCGGACUAGUGACCUCCCGCCAAAGAAUCCACCAAAAGCCUUGCCAAAAUCAUUAUUUGAUGAUGAUUUGGAGGACGAUGAUUUCUUGAGUUCCUUCAACCCAAAGCCGAAGCCAACGGAACAAAAACAAAAGCCCAAAUCUCUAUUUGAUGAUGAUGAUUUGGAUGUGGAUGAUAUAUUUGGCAAAUCAUCCUCUAAACCAACAAAUUUGUCAACAAAAGUGGCAGGAAAAACCAGCUUAUUUGAUGACGAUGACCAGGACGAUGUCACGGAUAUAUUUGGCUCCAAGAAACUAACCACAAAGAGGCUCGAAGAAUCCCCGCCGAAGUCUUUGCUUGAAAAGAGUGUUGAGCCUCUGGUUCCACAUAGAAAGAGUCUUUUCGAUGACAUUGAGGAAGAAGAUUUAUUUGGAACACCAAAGGCUAAGAAUUUGUUUGCAAGUAGAGAGCAGAUUAGCCCCAUUUCACCAGAGAAAACUCAAGGGGAAGUAGAAAAGAGCCGUGAUAUCAAAGAGAUUAAAACAGAGGAGAUUCAGAACAAAGAAUUUAAACAAGUGGUACCAGAUGAUACCUUUAGGCCCAUCCAUGAUCAAAAAUCUCAAGCCACUGUGGCUGUAGAACAUCAGCAAGAGGCUAAGAAUGAGCCUCAAAUAGUUUCCACAAAACCUACUGAUUUGUUUAAGGAUGAUUUUAGUGACGAUGAUUCCUUUUUGACAGUGUCCCAACCCAAGGUAAAGCCUCAGGGCUCUAAAGAAACAAAAGAAACGAUAAAACCUGCUGAGAGGAAGUUUGUGCCUCCAAAGCAAGACAUUCCAAUUCCACAAAGCGAACCAGAUAAGUUAUUUGAUGAAGAAGUAGUCCAAGAUGAACCCAAGACGAAGAGUAUCCCAAAGGUCCCUGCUACUACAAAGGAAACCAUCGAUCCAACUGAAGACUUCGUAAAAGAGAUUGAUCCGGAGAAAAUUCCGACGGAUAAAAUAGAUGAUGAGCCGGUUAAGAAACAAAAAGACAGUUUAGCAGGCAAGUUUUCCCCGAUCUCUGAGACUCCACCGCCCGAUGAUCAUCAAAACCAACAAGAUCCCAUUAUCAGCAUGGUGGCCGAUAUAACCAACAAGUCACCCAAGACAGAGCCCACGCCGCGUCGUGCAGCGGAUCUGGCCGCAGCUCAGCAGAUUAUGCAGAACUACACAAAUUUAUUUUCGGAAGAACCGCCCGAUGACAGCGAGUUCUUCCAGACGCUCGGAAGCAGCGGCCUGAGUAGUUUAAGUGCCUCAAAGAUCUUCGACCACGAACAAGACUUCUUUGAGCCGGCUUUGCCCAAGGUUCCAAGUGCCACUAAAUCAUCCGUGGUUUCGCCAAGCGAAGUACAACCUUCCCCAUCCGAUUAUGGUGGCAUGCGGUUGUUCAGUGAUGUUCCACCCGAGGAUUUUGGUUCAGAUCCAGUGCCGGAAAAGCAGGUCGAACCCCAAAAAGUCGAGACCUCAUCCACCACCACUCGCAUCCACACGAUUUUCUAUGAUGAUUUUAGUGAAACAGCCAGAGCCGGAACUGUGCCCACCACUCCAAAACAUUCCGUAUCCACGGAGAAGCCUCCUCCAGCUGACGAGCCUGAUCGUAGCAAGGUUAAGGAAGCCUCUGAAUUACCCGCUCCAGCGUCUCCUGUAAAGAAACUUAAAAUGCCCAACAUCAACAUCAACGUGCAGGCACUGCUUCCGGGCUCAGGGGCUCGGCCCAAAGUACUCAAAAAGCCAGAGACUCCGCAUUUGGAUGAAGACUCUCAAGUUCCAGCACAUCCUGAUAGCUUAGUAACAAGUCCAAAGGAAGCUGUCACUCCGCCAUCGACAGAAGGUGGACUGCAGCACGUAAACAAGACCCGGGUCCGGGGACCACCUCGCCGGCGUCCAUCCACGCGAAAGGGAAGACAGGAAAACUAUGAAAAAAGCUUGCUAGAUGAUGAAAGAAUAAACAAAGAAGUGGAAGGAUCGAAUUUGGAAAGCCAAGAUGAUUCAGAAAGCAUUUCGAUUCAAACCCCUUCGUCAAAGACAGCUCCCCAAGAAAAUGUACUUUCUUCUCCAGUGGCUCUUUUCGACGAGCCACCAGAGGAUAAGCCCACUCCCGAGAAGGCAUCUGCAGGAAGUUCCUUUUUGGAUAGCGAUGAUGAAUCACCGUUUCCGGUCCUGGCGCCUCCUCCAAAGCUCCAAACGGUUACUGCUCCUGAGAAGAAUAUCUUGGCUGCCACGAACCCCUUAAGGACAAAUGAGCCACCUUUAAUGCAAUCGAAAACAGCUCCUACAAAGCAAAUCAAGUUAUUCGACGACAGCGAUGAUGAUGAUGAUGAUGACCUGUUUGCCACAGCAAGUCUGCCUGCACCCGUGCCCACCGCACAGACCACCUCCAAGCCAACUACGCAAAGCAAACAGUCAGCCAAGCAGAAGGCUUCCUUCUUCAGCAGCGAUGAAGAUGACGAACUGAUUCCUGCCAAAGCUCCUCCCAAGAAGAAACUGCCCGCCAAGACAACCAAGAGUCUCUUUAGCGACGAUGACGAUGAUGAUGAUCUGUUUGGAGGGAGGUAUACUUCCAAAGCUAGCACCUCCAAGCAGACCAGGCCUGCAAGCCGUUCUACUGCUAAGCCCGCUCCCAGCAAGACCUCCAGAGCGAGCUCCAAAACUCCCAGCGAUAAUCCACUGGCCGAUUUGCUUUUUGAGUGA